GGCGGCGCGUGACGUAGGAGGAAGAAGACGCCAUUAGGGGGAGCGGGGCCGUCGGUGGUGGGCAGCGUUGUGGUUUUCGGUGUUCUUUCUCUCCGCUCCGCUAUUCCCGCGCUUUCGGCGGCUCCUUCUCACCGCUCCCCAUCUCGCUCCCGUCCCGCGGGCCCUCCUCCCGUUCCGUCGCGGGUUCCCCGUCCCGGUGGGCGGCGGUGCGGAGCGUUGAUGUGAGGCGGCGGCGGCCCGGCUGGACUCGGCGGCAGGGCGCGGAUGGCGGCGGGGGCCGGCGCGGCGGCCGGGGGCCGCAGCUUCUCUUUCAAGGUGGUGCUGCUCGGGGAGGGCUGUGUGGGGAAAACCUCCCUGGUGCUGCGCUACUGCGAGAACAAGUUCAACGACAAGCACAUCACCACCCUGCAGGCAUCUUUUCUUACAAAGAAGCUAAAUAUUGGUGGGAAAAGAGUAAACCUUGCAAUAUGGGAUACAGCUGGUCAAGAAAGAUUUCAUGCAUUGGGGCCGAUCUACUACAGGGAUUCUAAUGGCGCCAUUCUAGUAUAUGAUAUAACAGAUGAAGACUCUUUUCAAAAGGUAAAAAAUUGGGUUAAGGAAUUAAGAAAAAUGUUGGGAAAUGAAAUCUGUUUAUGUAUAGUAGGUAACAAAAUAGACUUGGAAAAAGAGAGACAUGUUUCAGUGCAAGAAGCAGAAACGUAUGCUGAAUCUGUUGGAGCAAAACAUUAUCAUACUUCAGCUAAACAGAACAAAGGAAUUGAAGAACUGUUUCUUGACCUUUGUAAAAGAAUGAUAGAAACUGCUCAAGUGGAUGAAAGAGCGAGAGGCAAUGGUUCCAGCCAGUCAGGAAUAGCAAGGCGAGGUGUACAGAUCAUUGAUGAUGAGCCACAAGUACAGAGCAGUGGAGGGUGCUGUUCUUCUGGAUAACUAUAAAACCGUGCAUCACUACCCUCUCAAUAUGAAGACUGCCAUAUUCCAAGUCACGCAUUCUUUACCAAUGGAGUAAUAGAAUUAACAGUAUUGAAAAGUAAUCACAUGUAACACUGCAGAGACCUUAAGUGCUAAACUAGUGGCAUCUGUGACCAGAGAAUUGGCAUUUUCUACAGUGGUUAACAAAGCAAUUACCAAUGGCCUUUUUACAUAUUUUUCUUUAAUGAGGAAUAAUAUGCAUGUAGAAAAGACCUACUUAAAGGCUUCAUUUAUAUUCUUUUAAAUCAGAUCAUUAUUUAAUAACUUAUAUACAUUGUUGUUGGAAUGGUAUACGUUUUGCAGCUCUUUGUAUUUUGUGGUAGAUUGAAUUGUAUCACUUCUAAAAUGCAAAUUGAUUUUUUUUUUUUUUUUUUUUAAAUUUAGCAGAUAUCUGAAGUAAUAUUUUUGCAGGGUCUCCACAAGCCUAUAACUGUCAACUACUUUGAUAUAUUCUGUUCAUCCUGUAUGCCAAGCUGGUAAAAUACAUUGUAAAUCACAUAUUAAAUAUUUUAUCUGCUUUUACAAUUGCAGGUGCAGAAAUAUGUACAUCAGUCUUGUCAGUGGUUGUGAAGUGAAUAAGUCAGUGAAAGAUGCAAGCUUUUCAUGUGUAUUGUUGAAGUGUUCAUUCUAUUCCCCUACCUGAAAACAGCUUUUUUCUUUUUCUUGGUACAUUCAUAGCUACAGUAUUGUUUUGUUUUUUUUUUUUUUUAAAGCCUUUCCUGGCAAGCAGCAGUAUUUAGAGUAUCACCUUAGUGGGAAGAGAAUGCUUCCUUAGACUGCUGUUUAUCAUUGAGGUGUUUGACUCCCAGCUAAAACACUCAGUGCAUGUGUAUAUCUUGCCUCUGCAGUUACUUUGGCCUCUCAGAAUAUCACCUAAAGUCAAAGCAACUUUAGCCUUCAUCAUCUGGUAGCCAGUAAACCAGAUGCAUGGGAAACUCUUAAGCUUCACUAAUGCAUUUAUGUCCCCAAACAGCAUUAUAAAUUAUUAAUAAUCAUAUUUCCCCCCCACCCACCCCAUAUUGCAGGGCUUGAGUGAACUAAAGAAUUGGCAUUAACUAGGAGUGCUUCUGAUUUGGAGUGAUAAAUAGAAGAUAGGAAACUUGCAAGAUGUAACUCUAGGCAUACUAGAUGGAACUGAACUUACUCCUGACUUGCUGUUUCUCUUGUAAAGUGUUUUGAAGCCCACUUAAAUUUUGGGAGGAGGGUUUUCAGAAAAGGUGUAUAAAGUACUAUCACAAAGGACACAUAUAGUGGUAGCUGAAACUUCAAAAUGUUUUGUGCUCUGAUUUCCUUUUACUUAAGUUGUCAUGCUUGGAAAAACAGUAAAGGUGAUGUCUGUGACAAAAUAGAAUAUUCCUUGGCCUUCCUUUCUCUGAAGGGUAGAAUUAGUAUUGCAUAUGAAUACAUUGAAUGUUGUGGGUAUGUUCUGAUGCACAAAAGGGGAAGUAGUAACUAAUCAGUUUGUGUAAGAGAAGUGUGCUGUCUUCAACCUGGUUUUUUUAUUUUCUCUGAAAUAAUAGAUGGCUUUGAUACAGACUCAUCCUGGUGCAUUUUUUCACUUUCUGCCUAAACUGUGGUGUAGAUACUUUCUAUUAAGCCACCAUUGCUGUGCUCUUCUGGCAUGAUUGUGUGCAUGAUGGACAAAGGUGAUAUGUUCACACUAGUGAAGAUAGUUUCUUGACUGCACAGAGCUUUGGUGUGAAUUUAAAAUUCAUGUGUGCAUAUGUAGCAACGCUGUUAACAUUCUUGUAUCUAACUUACCAGUGAGCCUUGCCGAAAUUGAAAGCCAGGUCAAUUUGAUCUAAAACCAGUACCUUCAAAUCAAUACAGACCCUGAUAGGAGGAGUGAAAUUGGCAAGGCUGGAUGCUCACAACUGGAAUCUCCUCAUAGUUAGAGUUCCAGAUUUUUUGAUUCAAUUUUUUUUUUUUUUUUUUCUCCCAGUGAUGGAAGGUAAAAAAAACCAAACAACCUCAUCCAGCCUUGAUAAGCAGAUGAGUCAUGAGGGCUUUUGUACACCAGAGCAGAGCAUAUGUGUGCUCUCCAGAGCAGAGCUUUUUGCUCUUCAUUGAAGUGGAUAGAUGCAGUUCUGGUCUGGAAAGCAAUAUUAGGUGUUCACCCAAGAGAAUGUUACGUUUGGCUGCUUUGAAGUAGAAGCAGUGUGUAGAAUAUAUUUUGUCCUGCACCUAGAGUUUUUCUUCAGUGUAUUCUGUGGUAGGGGCAUUCUUUGUGACUUUUGUCAAUUACAAAACUAACAAAGCCAUGUUGGUACGAACUCUUAAGUCUCUUACAAAACUAAAACUAUUACUGCUGAAUAGAUAAGUGGGGAUAAGAAAGCUUACAAUCUUGUAUGAUUUCAUUUGUAUUAGCAAAAUAUUUUUUAAAUAAAUUCUUAUAAGUUUCAGCAUGAAAAAUACUCCCUAGAAACCCUCCUUUAUUUAUGGAACUUAAAACCUGUGCUUAGCAGGGUAUCAUUAUAUUAGCUUACAGAAGAAAUACAACUUCAUGAAGACAGGGAAUUUGGUUUCCAAGACUCAAAAACAUGGAUUGGUUAGACUGAUUAACACAAGACUUCAGCUAGUCAUUGUUAGACAAGACAAGACAAUUACAGGAAAAAUAUCUUUACUGAAGAUAUCUAGAGUGUUCUUUGCAUUAAGUGUAUAGGAAAGCACAGAUAGCUUGGUUUGCUGUAUUUGAGGAGGUUCUUACCCAAGAAACCUGGUAUUACUGCUGUGUGGCUUGGGUUUCAAGAAUCUUGCAUUUGCUGGGAACUGUCUAGAUUGUAUGUCUAGAUCGUAUGGCUUGUAUGUCUUAAGGAAAAUUUAUUUUCUUGGUGCUAACUUCUGUUGCUGGAAACAAGUAAGCUAGUUUUCUUCUGAGAAGAGUGCAAGAGAAUAACUGCAUCUGUCUUUAGAAAGUACCUGUGUUGUGGGAUAGAUAAAACCAGCCAGACCUGCUAUGGUUCUUGAAGAAUGUAGUAAUUCAACAUCUACUUUAGAGUCCAAGCCAGGUGAAAAAUGCUUUGGAAAAAGGUAUGAGGUCAUGGAAGGUGGCUGGAGCUCACAUGGAGUUCUCUGAAAAUGUUGGAUGCUGUCAGGGAAAAAAAAAAACCAACAGUUUAAAGAGGGUAAGAGGAAUGGAGGUCCUGCUUGAGGACAAACGGAGGUUAGGAAUCCCCACAAGCUGAAAGCAGUAAGUGAUCUGAAUGAUAGAGUAUGGGAAUAAGAGGUGGAGGCAGCAAUCUCUCUGUUAGUUCUCUACCCUUUUUUUUUUUUUUUUUUUUUUUUUUUUGUGGAAGGAAAAAGAGAACUUGGAAAGAAAAAGGAAAGUAGGAAAAACUGAAGGUGUUGCUUUGUAACAAGAUACAACUAACUCUGAACAGGCUUUCAGACACAGUACUAACCUACUUAAAACUUGAUUAGAAUAUGCAAAUUUAUGAGCUGUUUACAGUUAACUGACAAUCUUAGUUUGCAUCAAAGUUUAGGGUUUUUUUUCCUUGACAUGUCAGGAAAUGUAUCUUAAAGCGAGCAUAACUUUUACUACAGUUGUGUCAAGGAGUUGCAGAUAAAGACCAAGAUCCUUGGCCCUAGUUGCUGCACAAGCUCAACAAAGAUAGCCUCAAAACUAGUUUGCUUUUAGCUGUGCUGGGCACUGUUGCUCAUGCUACUACUCUUUGGGGGAUUCUGCUUAACACCAAGACUUUCCCCUCUGUUUAGGACAAACCUGUACAUCUCAGUGAUGUAGCAGUCUAUUGAAUUUGGACUUUUUCUGUCAAAUAAUGACAAUAUAUACUCUUCCUGCUUACCUGCUUACCUUCAAUACAGUCCUUGCCCACUGUAUUGAACAGAAUGGAUAUUGGAAGUGGCUUAGAAGAAAUUGAAGUCAAGAGGAUUGGAGAGAGCAAGAACUACUUUCUUGGCUGUUGCCAAGUACUUGAUAUGCUGUGAGAGAUCCAGAUUCAUGUAACAGAUCUCUUCUGAGCUGUUGAGACUGUUUAAUUGCAGACCCUUUAAAUUAACCAUCACUCCAUUCUGAAAGGCCAACAAAUCUGGGACUUGGUGUAAGAGAACAAAUAGUUUCUCUUUUCCAGAACAGGAAACUUGAACUGCCUAAUCAGGCUUUCCUUUGUGGAAAGAGAAGAGGAAAGCACUUGAUACCUAAAUCUUUAAGUGCUGUCAGUGCUAUUUGAUCAUACAGGCAUUAUAAUCAUUGUCUUCAUGGAUUUUUUUCAUCUGAUAAGCUCAUUGAGCUUACCAGGCUCAAUCAAAUAGAAUCCUUUCUUUAAACCUAGAGAAAAUGUUAGCAGGGCAAAAGCCAAUACUGAAAAGGACAUGGCAUUUUUAACAUCAGGUACCUUGACAUUGUCAAAUGUUGUAGGAAUAUUCUCUUUGGCAUUUGUGGAUAAAAAAAACUUAGAGGGGAAAAAAGUAUAUAGCAGAGGCUUCACGAACCUUAACUUUUCCAGUGCAUUGCUACAGUUCUUACAGUUCUGGAGUUCUUAAAUACAUCUUAGAGAUUUUAUGCACCAGUGCAUUUACAUGAAGAUAAUUCUGUGAUAAGUUAAUUCCAAAUGAUCAUUCAGCUGGGGAAAUGAACUUCUUUAGCAUGACUGCUAUUCUAUCAAUGCCCAAUAUUAAAAGUGAAAAAUGCAUGUAAGUGGAUAUGGAUCAAUAGAAAGGGGGCAAAAUGUGUACUGAAAAUCAAUACAAGAAAACAGAGCUGGCAGUUCUUGUUACUGACAUAUCUGAAAACUAUCUCUUUCAGUUUGGGAAGUCACACAAUUUGAAAGUUGAUGAACAGUCUGUAAUAAAAUGUCCCUGAAAGUUACUGGUGGUUGUUGGCAGGGGCCUGGCUUACAAAGAUUUGGUAACAACUGAGACUACAGGGUUACAAAUACAGUAACAAAUUUCUGAACCCAUCUAAGUAUGAUGUGAUGAAAGAUGGCUUUAAAAUGCCAAACCACGCUCAGCAAAGUUGCUCUGUUAUGCUAGUGCAUAUCCCAGAGGCUGUAGUGUUAGCAGGGACCCAUGAAAAUGCAGCUUUGAUUCUAAGAACUGGUUUUAUACAGCCCAGAAUGUGAGGAAGAAACAGUUGCUGUUGAACUAUGUUUGCCAGUUCAAUGAUAGCCCCAGACACACUGCAUGUGUGCUAAGGGAGCAGCAAAAUCAAGUCAAACAUGGAAAAAAGGCUCAAGACUGGGAAUUAUCCACCCAUUAUGUUUGUAUUGUACUGAUGUCCCACUUGCACAAAGAGUGCUUGAGCACACUUUGCUAGUGAAAAUUGCUGUUCAACUGAUGCUCUGGAUUUGAACUGGAUGGACUUUGCAAGUGAAAACAGGAAGCAACAGGAGAAGCAGGGCAAGAUAAGAGGAGUUUGCAUAAUUCCUGAUUUGGCUGUUAUUAGCCCUUUCACUUUCACUUGCACUAAAAAGUCAAUGUCUAUAUCCUGCUAGUUUUGUGUCAGUGUAUUUUCUGUUUGUUGAUAAUUUUUUGGUCAAGAAACUAAAACCCUAAAGAGCUUUUUAGGGUAAAUGUAUUUCCUUUAUGGAUUUAGUCUUUCCAAAUGCUGUCCAGUAUCUCAUUAAAAGGGCUAUGUUAAAUAGUGAAGAGCAAGUGUGCUGCCUGUAGGUACACCCUGCAAUCAGAGUCCUAUGGUGAAUGUUCAAACAGCAAGAAGCAAUAGAGUAACCAGUGCACCUCUUGUUGCCAGUCUACUCUCCCACUGUUUUUUGUCAUAGAGUAAUUGCAAAACAAUCCUCAACCAUAAGAUGUGCCCAUACUGGUUAGAAAAGUUGGCUUGAGGCUUAAAAUGACACUAAACUAUACUUUGAUUUGAGCCUUCAAGGAAUCUUGACCAUCCUUUCAGUAUGUGAAUAAUGCAGCGCUUGGCACCAUGGGACACUGAUUCUUUUUCAGGGACUUGGGGAUUUCAGCUUGUAUAGGAAAUGGAGCCAUCUCUGAAGUGGAUUAUGGUGGCAAGUGAAGAGAAGGAAGUAUUGUAUUAGUAACACAGACCCAUCCUUAGCAUUGCUUUUUGAACAGCUGGGAUGAAAUACAGCAUUGACUACCCUCAUCCUAAAAGAAUUGUUCUGUUAGUUUCCUGUUCUUUCCAGGAAAUGUUGCCUGUUGGUGGUGUUGUGUAAUACAUAUGUAGAAGUGGUGGGGUUAUUAACUAUUUGUCUGCCUGUUCCUAGCUCUGGCAAUACUAGUAUGUGCCAAUUGGCAAACAACAGAUCAGUUUCUGUUUAGUCAUCACUCUUGGAUAGCUUCCAAUUAGCCUCUGUGGAGGCUGGUGUGGUCAUGAAUUUCUCCUUGCAUUGACAAAUGCAGAGCAUUUCAUGUUGGUAUCUGCUCUCCUUCUUUUGUAUUUAAAAAGUUUCUUGUUCCACUUGGAGAACAAAACUACUGUAAACUUGUGAUCAGUUGUACCAACCAUAAUGUUAUGACAAAUAUUGUAUGUUUUGGGUUGUUUCAUAUUCUGGAAUUCUAUUUAAUACUUCAUAUGCAUAGAUUAAAAAGAUACCAGGUUCACAAACAGGAACUCACAGCUGUGGUUAUGGAUACACAAAAUGUGACAUGGUGCAAAUACUUGAAGAAAGUUCAUCAUCCACUGAACUGCCUACAUGUCUUGUUGCAUCUCCAUGCCUUCACACUCUAAAUACAAAUAAAUGCUGCUGGGGAAUGGGAUUUCCUUCAA